AUGCUAGACGGUUUUGUGAACGUUUUGUGUGGGAAUCAAGAUUGUUCUAACGUCAUCCGAAAGAGUUGUGUGUCUGAUAUGUCGUUGGUUUUUUAUCCGUUUUCGUGUUUAAAUCAUGUUUUAGUCAUUUGUAUUGACAUAUUGUUCUUGUUUAUGUGUUUGUUUAUCCUUUUAAAUAACUUGUCGUCGAGAAAACCAGUCAGCCAACGACAUUGGCUGACAGUUUUCUCGACGGUUUUCAAUGGUUUUUUAGGCUUGGUGUAUAUAAGUUUUGGUAUAUGGACUAUUGUAAGAAGCUUGAUUGAUGAAAAGAGUUUGGUACCGCUAGACGGGUGGCUCGUUUUAGUACUCCAAGGUGUCGUGUGGUUGUUGACUCUGAGUCUUGAAUGGCGUUGGAUUUUACCCAAGAUAUCGUCGGUUUUGAUCAUGUUGUUUACAAUAUUUCUCUGUUUUUCGUCGAUAUGGGAAGCUAGUGUAAACAAAGAGACGAGUCUUAAAGGUGUGCUACACAUGUUGACUUUUCCGGGUGCUGUUUUGUUCCUUUUAUGUGUUUUCACGGAGCCAAAACAUACUAACGAUACGCUUUAUACGCCUCUUCAAGCUAACGAGCCAUCUGAAACGGACGAAAAUGUUACUCCAUUAAGUAAAGCAGGAGCUUUAAGUAAAUUCACAUUCUGGUGGCUCAAUCCGGUGCUCAUGAAAGGAAAACACAAAGUACUUGAUGCUACCGAUAUCCCCAAGUUACGAAAGGAAGACAGAGCGGAAGUGUGUUAUUCAAGAUUUAUGGAGACAUCAGAGAAACGAAAGAAAAAGACUAUUUCGGGUGCUGGUGGUGAUCAACCGUCCAUGUUGUCAACAUUGUUUCUUUGGAAAUCUAAGGAGCUCGUGAUCACGGGGUUGUUUGCCCUUGUAAAAGUACUCUCUUUGGCUUCGGGACCUUUAAUUCUCCGGGCUUUUAUUCAGCUUUGCCAAGGGAAAGAAAGUUUUGAGCAUGAAGGUUAUUUUCUUACAUUAGCACUAUUUCUAGCCAAAUGCCUGGAAUCGAUAUCUGAGAGACAGCUAAACUUUAGAAAUAGAUUGAUUGGGCUUCAAGUGAAAUCUAUGUUAUGUGCAGCCAUUUAUCAGAAGCAACUACGGUUAUCAAAUGAUGCCAGAUUGCGUUACUCUGCGGGCGAAAUAAUGAAUUACGCCACUGUGGAUGCAACCAGAAUAGGCGAAUUCCCAUUUUGGUUUCAUCAGAUAUGGACAAUAGGUCUGCAGAUAUGUCUUGGGAUACUUAUAAUCUAUUUCUCAAUUGGAGUGGCAACAUUUGCAGCUUUGUUAGUUGUAAUCCUAACGGUUUUAGGAAAUAUUCCAUUGGGUAAGUUGCAACAUAGCAACCUAACAAAGCUCAUGGCGGCACAAGACAGGAGGUUGAAGGCUAUAACAGAGUCCAUAUCAAACAUGAAGGUUUUGAAGUUGUACGCUUGGGAGACACAUUUCCAAAAGGCAGCCGAGAAGUUGAGGAACGAAGAGUCAAAUUGGCUAUCAGCAGUUAUCUCACAAAGAGGCCUGUAUUUGAUUCUUUUUUGGUCUUCACCUGCCAUUGUAGCAGUUGUGACUUUCUACACAUGUUAUGUGAUAGGGAUCCCGCUUGAUGCUAGUAAUGUAUUCACGUUUUUAGCAACAAUACGGAUUAUUCAGGAGCCGAUAAGGCUCAUUGCUGAGGUUGCAGCUGUAUUUAUUGAAGCUCGGGUUGCUUUAACUCGUAUUCUCAAGUUUCUAGAAGCACCCGAGUUGCAGAGAGAACCAAAGAAUCAUGUAAAUGUGGAGCAUGGAUCAGUAAUAAUUAAUUGUGAAAUGAUUUCAUGGAAUGAUGACUCUUCAAAACCAACUCUGACUCAAGUAAAGCUUGAUAUAAAAUCUGGUGAAAAGGUGGCUAUAUGCGGAGAGGUUGGGUCGGGUAAAUCAACUCUUAUAUCAGCUAUUCUAGGAGAGGUUCCAAACAUAAAAGGCACAGUUCAAGUUUAUGGAAAGGUGGCGUACGUUUCACAGACAGCAUGGAUCCAAACAGGGACUGUUAGAGAGAAUAUUCUAUUCGGAUCGUUAAUGGAUGAUGCUAAGUAUGAUGAAGUGGUUAAAAAAUGUUCACUUGUGAAAGAUAUCGAGAUGUUUCCAUUUGGGGAUAAAACGAUAAUAGGAGAAAGAGGUGUGAAUCUAAGUGGUGGACAAAAGCAAAGAGUUCAGCUUGCACGGGCGUUAUACCAAGAUGCAGAUAUAUACCUAUUGGAUGAUCCAUUCAGUGCCGUUGAUGCACAUACUGCAGCCAGUUUAUUCAAAGAAUAUAUUAUGGAAGCACUGUCAAGCAAGACGGUGUUACUUGUAACCCACCAAGUCGAUUUCUUGCCUGCUUUUGAUGACAUCUUGUUAAUGGCAGAUGGGAAGAUCGUGCAAACAGGAACUUAUGCUCAGUUGCUUGAUUCAUGUAAAGAAUUUCAGAACCUUGUCAUUCAACUUAGCGAUAAUUCUGGUUCAGAUAAUCAAGCAGGCAAUGCACCUCAACAUAUAUCUAAAUCUGCAAAUCAAGAAAUCAAAAAAGUUUACAUGAAAAAAGAGAUAGAAUCUUCUCUGGGAGAACAACUCAUAAAGCAAGAAGAACGAGAAGAAGGGGACACCGGUCUAAAACCGUAUAAACAGUAUCUAAGCCAGAGCUACGGCUACUUCUACUUCUCUAUGUCAGUUUUGUCACAUUUCUCGUACAUAAUUGGACAGUUUUUGCAGAAUCUGUGGUUGGCUAAAGAAGUGCAGGGUUCUAGUGUCAAGGAAUUGGAUGUGUUGCUCGUAUACAUGCUCAUCGCUUUUGUGAUGAUGUUCUUUUUAUACGGAAGAUCUCAUUUUGUAGUUAAACUGGGAGUUAGUACAUCUAUAGCAGUUUUUUCCAAGUUAAUUAGGUCUCUCUUCCGAGCACCAAUGUCAUUCUAUGACUCAACGCCCGUGGGAAGGAUAAUCAGCCGGGUGUCAUCUGAUCUGAGCGUAGUGGACCUUGAACUGGCAAUGAAGUUUACAGUCGGCAUAGGCACGACAAUGAAUACAUACUUUAGUUUUGGUAUCUUGGCUUUCCUAACUUGGCCUAUUUUGUUUGUGAUCAUUCCAACAGUAUAUGUAACAAUUCUUUUACAGAAAUUCUACUAUGCUUCUGCAAAGGAGUUGAUGCGAUUAGAUGGAACGAGCAAAUCCUUUGUUGCGAGCCAUUUAGCACAGUCAAUUGCUGGAGCUGUUACCAUCAGAGCUUUUGGAGAAGAAGACCGUUUCUUUUCAGAGCAUUUGCACCUUAUUGAUGGCAAUGCAAGUCCAUUCUUUCACAGUUUUUCAUCAAACGAAUGGUUGAUCCAACGUCUAGAAAUACUAUGUGCAAUUGUCGUUUCUAGCUCUGCCUUAGCCAUAACUUUGCUACCCUUUGACGCUUCUGACUCAGGACUCAUUGGAAUGGCUCUUUCUUAUGGUCUCUCGUUGAAUAUUUUUCUUGUAAUUUCCGUGCAAUACCAAUGUCAGUUAUCAAAUCUAAUAGUUUCUGUUGAAAGACUAGAGCAAUACAUGCAUAUUCCCAGUGAGGCCCCAGAAAUAAUAGAAGCCAAUCGACCAUCAAGAAACUGGCCAAGUACUGGUAGAGUUGUCAUUGAAAACCUUAAAAUAAGAUAUCAGACAAAUUCCCCGUUGGUACUUCAAGGAAUCAGUUGCGUAUUUGAAGGAGGGCACAAGAUUGGAAUAGUUGGCAGAACUGGUAGUGGAAAAACAACUUUGAUUAGUGCUUUGUUUCGUUUAGUUGAACCUGCAGACGGAAGGAUACUUAUAGAUGACUUAGAUAUCACUUGUAUUGGACUUCAUGACCUUAGAUCUAGUUUUGGAAUCAUCCCACAAGAACCAACAUUAUUCAGUGGUUCCAUACGAUAUAAUCUUGACCCACUAUCCGAGCAUAGUGACCAUGAAAUAUGGAAGGUACUUGAAAAAUGCCAACUCCAAGAGGUGAUUCAAGAUAAAAAGGAGGGGUUAGACUCGUUAGUUGUGCAAGAUGGCUCGAAUUGGAGUUUGGGACAACGGCAACUAUUUUGUUUAGGACGGGCCCUUUUGAAGAGAAGAAAGAUACUGGUACUUGAUGAAGCCACUGCAUCCAUCGACAAUGCAACAGACACCAUUAUUCAGAAAACGAUCCGAGAAGAGUUUAAAGAGUGUACAGUUAUAACAGUUGCCCACAGAAUACCAACUGUUAUAGACUGCACAAUGGUACUUGUUAUGAAGGAUGGAAAAGUGAUGGAAUAUGACAAGCCAACAACAUUGAUGAAUGAUCAAGCUUCCUUAUUCGCACAGCUUGUAAACGAAUACUGGGCGCAACAUAAGAGGUCCUGAUCGAUUUAGGCAUCUAGCUUGGUAACUUGCUACAUUUCAUACACAAGAUAUGCGAGAAAUUUAACCAUAUGUCGCAAAUUUGACAACUACACGGGGUACACAAAUACUUUCACCAGUCGAAAGGAGUGAAAAUUUUUGGUACCGCGUGCAUAUAUGUUACAGUAACAAGUUUACAUUUUAUGGUUAUUUUUCUCCAGAAACUUUCAAUUUUUCUUGAUUAAUGUUGUUUGGAUGUGAUUUAGAUUAUAAUUAUCUAAUGUACUUGGCACAUUUCAUCUGCCCUGUUACUUCAAUAAAAUAGUCUUUUUUUUUUUCUUUUA